AUUUUUCUUUCUGCAGCAAGUCGAGUGACUCCAAAAAGAACUGAAAGAUCGAUAAGUGCAAAUUAAGAUGGAAGAAUCUCAGAAGAGAGCAUCGUCAGGAAAAUUGAAGGAGAAAAGUUCAUUGCUAGAACUGGACAUCGGGAAUGACUUUGUUACCUCUUGGAAGUCAAUGUCAAUGGCAGAGGACGAUGCAAUGGAUUUUGAUUUUGCGCCAGAUUCUAAGGACAAGAAAAAGUCAUUUAACUUUGACAAAGCGGAUAUGGAUUUCAACAUGGAUGCUGAUUUUGGUAAGAUAUCGUCUUUCAACAUGGACAUACCAGAUCUUGAUAUCUCUUCCCCAUUCAAAAAAGAUGGGAAAUCCAAAGAAAAAUCAAAAUCAGAAUCAGCAAAUGGAAAAAAUAAAGCAAAAGUUGAUCAUUUUUCCUUCGCAUUGGAUUUUGACGAGCUGGGAAGUUUCAGUUUUGGGUCAAGUUUAACUAAAGAAGGUACAAAAGCUGAGAAGAACAAUGAUAGGGGAAAAAAUUCAAAAAGAGGUGAAUGUCAAGAUGAGAAAGAUCCUUCUCACACCAAUUUCAUUGAAAAUACGAGUAUGCCAGAAAAUGAAUUAUUUGAAAAGCCGUUGUCACCCGGAACUACACCCACUUCUAACAUGGAUACUCAAGUUGACGGAAGUGCAGGUAUUGACUCACCAAGUAAGAAAUCCCCUUCAGAGUUGGUGAUGGGUGAUAUUGGAACUUCAAACUUUUCAACUGCAAUUGAUCAAGUUGCAGAACAGAAAGCAAGAAAGUCUCCAGAUUUAAAAUUUUCUUCAAGCAGGCAACAGAAUAGCUGUCAAUUCGAGAAGACAAUUUCCCCAGAACCAGUUAAUCAGGAAGCAUGUAGAACUAAUGGGGCCAGUCAGGAUCUGUCAGCUCAUUCUGCAUCUGGUGAGGCAAGUCAAAUUACUGGAUCACGGUUACUAGAAGUUGAAGCAGUGGAUACAAAUUCGAAUAGUUCAAGUGGAGAACAAAAUGUAAUAGAGAAACCUAUAGCAGGUUCUGACUCUAUUGGUGAAAACACAAAGGUAGAGAAUUCAUAUCUGCAGGGUGUUGCAAUCUCACAGAAAAAUAAUGGUGAAGAGAAUCAGGUUGGGACUGAAAAUCACUCUUUGAUAGGCAAUAAAGAAUAUAUUGAACAUGGUCAAGGUGAUUCAAUUGUUCAAAAUAGUCCCAUCACAAUCGUUGUUACGGGUAGCAAUGCGGAAAAUCAAGGACAAGCUUCAGAGAUCCUCAAGUCUCCCUUAACCAGUAAACCAGUUGAUCAUUUUAUAUCAGAAGAAGAAAGAGGAGCAGUUGUCACACGCUCAAGGUUUUUUAUGCGACCAGAUAAAGCUGAACCAUAUUUGCAGAAGGCACCAUCAGCUCAGACAACAGCUUCCUCAUUAAGUAGCAAAGUAAUGAGCCCCACAGAACCAAGUCCUUUAGACGAAAACAGGGAUCCAGAUGCUAUAGAUAUUGUAGGGGAUGGAAUACUAGCUUCUUUUCCAUUGCAACAUUCUAGAACAGUAAUAAGGAGGGAACCUCACCAGCGAGAAAACCAGGAAAUCUGUAAAGGUUUAACUAUUGAUGGGCAGGGGACCAGUGCUGAUGGUGUACAAGAUGGAAGAAAAUUAAACAAAUCUUUCCCUACACAAGAUCAAGAUGUUGUAGAAGCAAAAUCUGCUCAGAAGGAAAGUCAAGAGAACGCAAAGAAUGUAGAUACCCUCAGUUUAAAUAUGCAAUUGAGCAAAAAUACUCCACAGAACCAUCCAUUUCCGAGAAUUUCAGCUUCAGCCACCACAUCUCUUUUGACCACGAAGAACACUUCUGCUGAAGCAGAGAAAUCUUCUCGUGCUAACAGCAGUAGGAGGAUGCUUGAUCCCUGUGGCCUGAAACUUUCUAGGACUUCUGGAUCUGACCUUGAAUUUUCAAAAUCUGUGACUCACGAAGAUGUUAAAUCCUUGGGAAGCAGUUCACAGAAACGGAAUUUAUUAGGAAAGGAACCAUCCAAAAUUACCCCCUCAGCUUCAGGAACAGCAUCUCUUUUGACCAUGAAGAACAGUUCUGCUGAAGCAAAGAAAUUUAAUCAGGUUAACGCUGGUGGGAGAAACCUUGAUCUGUGUGGCCUGAGACUUUCAAGGACUUCUGAAUCAAACCAUGACUCCACAAAGUCUGUGGGUUGCAAAGAUGUCAAGUCCUUGGGAAAUAUUUCACAGAACAAGCUUAUGUCAGGACAUGAAUCAUCCAACAGUACCAUUGGCACACUAAAGAAAACACCAUCUCCACCGUCUCUCAAGAGAAAGACAUUGGGGGAAUUUAAUUCAAGUAUGAUGCUCUUGAACCCAUCAAAACGUCUCUCACAGUCACCGAGUGAAAACAGAAAUUUUGCAGCAAUAUCAGAAAGGGUUGUUGACAAAAAGGUCUCCAACCAUGAAAGUCUGGAAGAUGGUAGCACCAAAAGCACUUAUCAAGACUCUACGCUCGAUGCCUCUCAUGAAAUGAACAUGAAAGAACUAGAUGCUCCUUUCUCAAUAGAAAAUAAUACCCAUGUUGAACAGGCUGAGGCUUGCACUAAAGAACUUGAAGAUAUAUGCAAUAUGCUGAGCAAGAAACAUGAGGAGGCCAAAGAAAUAUUGGUCCGCGCUAUUGUGAACAACAACAAGCUGCUUAUGCUCAACCAUCCUCUUUAUGAAGAAAAGAUAUCCUUUCAACUUUUCUAUAAAUUUGCUGCCAGAUUAACACUGAGCGAAACUCAUGCAUAAGAAUCAUUGGCUAUAGUAGUUGUUUGUAAUAUAAAGGUUGCAACUGACUGUGCUGUGACUUUGGGGCAGGCUGGUUUGACCCUUUUCCUUCCAUAAUCUGAGCAACACCAUUUUCUCCUCAAUUUUGCUUUUAAGAACUUAAGCAAUGCCAUGAUAGAGCUUAAAGAUGUCAUGUUACUUUCAGAUUGCAUGCAUGAAUCCGUUCAAAAUUUAGUGGUCUUAUAUUCUUGAUUUUUGCAAUAAUCCUCAUGCACCAAUGUAUUAGCUGAAAAGUCACGACUCUAUUCGUUAGAUUUUUGAUUGCUAGCUUGAACAAAAGGAAAAAUAAAAUAAAAAACUUCAGCAUAGUUCCAUA